GUGGAUAGAACAUAAAAGGUUUGCAUUCAGUCGGAUGCAAAGUGUUUUCUUCGGAAGUAAAUCAGGCUGGCUUUGAUAGAAUUUGCUUCACAUGAAGGUUUGCCAGUACAAUAUGAGUUUUAAUGUGACUCAAGAAAUCGGAAAAGAAGUGAUGUUUGAAAUCUUGUGGUGCAAACAAUAAUACCUAUGAAAAUAGCAUUGUUUGUUCAGAGAACAUAAAGUAGAAAAUUAGUUGUAAUGGAUUCUCAAGUGAAUUACUCAAUCUCUGAAAUGAAACGGAACUUUGGAAAGACAUUUCUCCACAAGCACAGUGAAGCUGAUAUGGAAACAAAGGAAGAUCUGAGAAGGAAACUCCAUCAAGCCAAGAAAGAUAAACUUGACAUAACUGCUAAGCAUAAUGCAGAGCUGUCAAAUUAUGAAAGCCAGAUUGCAAAACUGCGAGCAGAAGUUGAGAAGGGUGAAGCCGUCCGACAAAGUCUGGAGUAUGAAUUAGCUGUAGCAAGGAAAGAAGUUGGUAUAGAACGGUAUUCAUCAGAAGAAAAAUUAGGCGGAGCAAACAAACAAAUAGAACAGCUGCAAGAAACCAUCAGAGCUCUUCAGCAGAAAUUGAAUGAGGCAGAGAAAGCAUUUCACAUCAAUAAGUGUCAGUGGGAUGAAAAACAGCGAAGAUUGAUCAAUGAGUUAUCAGAAAAGGAGUUGCUUAUUGGUACCUGUCAUGCUGAAUAUGAAACCCUUUUGAAGGAAAGGAUGAGAUUGGAUGACAUUUUGAAGGAAAGCACCAGCACGGUGCAAAAUGUCCGCAGAAAGGUACAAGAGCUAGAAAGAGAACAUAGUGGCUGCUCAGAAGCCUUGAGGAGACAGGCCAGCGAACUUCAGUUCGGUGCUGAGCGAGAGACUCGGCUUAGAAAAGAACUUGAGGUAAGAACUUCACCAAAUAAUGAGGCGGGUAUCCGAUGGCAACCUUCUGUUUUGUUCCUGGGCUUUGUUCCCUUGCAAAAGGAGCUGUUGAUAGCGAGGAGACCUUGUCCAGGCCCUUUGGAGUAA